CUUUUAUUUUGAAGGGUGGAGAGAAACUUCAUGUUUAUUUUUUCUUCACGAUUUCUGUUUUCAUUUUUACAUUUAGUAAAGCCUGUCACACUGAUACAAUGAAAACUGUAUUUGUAACUGUCGGGACAACAAGUUUUGAUGAUCUGAUUGGCACUUUGACUUCAGAUGAAUCUGUGAAGGCAUUGAUUCACCGUGGAUACACAGACAUGGUGCUUCAGGUUGGCAGAGGUUCAGUCGUGCCUGAUCCAGACAGCUGUCCAGGACUGACGCUGCAAGUGUUUCGCUUCAAAGACUCAAUCGCCGAGGACAUGAGACACUCAGAUCUGGUCAUCAGUCAUGCUGGAGCAGGAAGCUGUUUGGAAGCACUCGAAGCAAAUAAACCUCUCCUCGUGGUGGUCAAUGAUAAAUUAAUGGACAAUCAUCAGCUGGAGCUCGCAAAGCAGCUGCAGGCAGAUUCUCAUCUUAUCUACUGCACUUGCAGUACCCUGCCUCAGACUUUGAGGGAUAUGGAUCUGUCUGCUUUGUCAACUUAUGUGCCUGGUCAACCUCAGAUCUUCGCCAACUUUUUAGAUAAAGCCGUCGGACUUGUUUAAACGCUGUCUCUUGGACCGUGACGAUUACUGAUGGCAAUUUGGGCCGAGGAUGAACCUGUUUUAAUGGGAAUACCUGCACUGAACACUCAGGAAUCUUAUGGUUGAGAUGAACUGGUUCUUACCAAACUAAUAACUGACCUUUGAUGAUAUAUGACUGACACUUGAGGUUGCAGCCUUUAGCCUCCUUGUUAGAGCAUCCGCCUCCCACACCGGAGACCCAGGUUCCAGGCCCGCACAGAGCGGGGUAAGUAGGACCUGGGUGAGGGGUUACAUUGGUGCCGUGACCGGGAUGGGAGUGAGGUUCAGGGGGGCGAGUGUAACGGAGGCCAGCUAAUAGUUGCUGUGCAAGUAAAAACUUCACUCCUCUGACCUCAAGAGAUGCUCUAGCGACUGACACUAGAGGUUGCAUCCUUUAGCCUCCUUGUUAGAGCGUCCGACUCCCAUGCCGGAAACCCAGGUUCGAGGCCCACACAGAGCGGAGUGAGUAGGACCUGGGUGUGGGGUUAUAUAUGCGCUGAAGGGUUGUAUAAUAAUGAUAUAGACAUCAUAGUGGUGAGAGUAUUAUGCAGCUGUAUUAAGCAGUGCUUUCUUGUUUUGGCCAAUUAUAUGAAAAGUCAAUUGUUGAUUAAAAAAAAACAGUUAUUAUAAAAUUUCAGAUCACAGUAAUUACUAAUAAAAUAUUUUAAAUAUUUAA